AUGCCCCCUCCACCUCCACCUCCACCAAACAAUCACGAGUGCGCACACCGACUCCACCAUAAGCUCGUUCCUACCCACCGAUUCGAAUCAGACCUUGAGCUUGCCUCCUCCACCCGUGUCACGAGGUGUCGGUCCGCUCCACCUAAAGCCAAACCAGGGGGAUGGGAACGACGAGCAAGUAUCUUCUGGUCGGAGAAGGACAGAUGUCUUGGCAGGAUACAGGAGAUUGAGGCGGCCCCUCCCUUCCGAAUUCCCUUCCUAGAGACAUCAUUAAUAGAACGCUAUUGCAACCCUGCCAGAGGCCACCCAGGCGCUGUACAACAGUGCGAUGCACAACCUGGGAGCGGAGAACACGCCGGAGCUGACGGGCUCGCGCGCGGGGGGGUACCGGGAUCGGAGCUGGUAGUGUGGGCGGACACUAUUACGGCUGCGCUGAGGGCUUUUAGUGGCGCUGGGGGAUCUCCCGCUCCAUCCCGGCCGUCUACUUCUGUUGGGUCCUCCUCGCGCUCCCCCACUGCCGCAGCAGAGAGCCCGGCCCCAGCGAUGCCUACUCGCACGCCCGCCGCCGCCGCCGCCGCCACGACCACCCUUGCUAACCCCCGUUCAACCCACCGCACCCGCAACAGCAGCAACCGCGCCUCCACCCUACCCGCUCCACGUUGCCCACAUCAUCCCAUUUUCGGGCGAGUUGGCGAACGUAUGACCCUCGAACUGCGCCCACAUGGUCUUUUUGACGAUGGUUUGAUCGAGAUGUUGCCGGUGCCCGGUUCCGGCACCUGGACCGGCGACUAUGACCCCAGCGUCGUGUCUAGCUACGAUAUAAGACUCUCCUUCCCCGGCCUUGCACUGGUGGCGCUGGAUCGAUUCACUUACUCCAGCGUGCCGCAUGAGAAGUUAUCGAGUACUAAGCUUGCCUCCGGCGACGUCAUCACGUUGACUACCUCCGGCCAGGUGGCAGCUCCCGCACCCACUGCUCCUGCAGCUGCACGCGCUGUGUGGGCGCGUGAAGCGUUUACGCGCUGCUGCAGGAUGGCCAGUAUCAUCGUACGGGGACGGGAGUGA